ACCGGGCAUAGCUGCGGAGAAAUCGCGGCUGAAACCGAGUAGGACACAAUCAAUCAAUCAAUCAAUCAUCCGACACCAGCCCGCGACCGAGCGCGUGCGUUGCGCAAUGCGAAGCAUGCGAUAGACCGUAUUCACGCCCCCCUCGUCCACCUCGUUGCGGCCAUCCCAUCCUCGAGUCCGCCGCCGUGUACCACAUCGCCGCCGACGCGAAUUACUACGUUGCCUUCGUCGAACAUACAGCCGUUUCCUAUUCCCCGUUACGCCGCGGUCAGAGAGUACUACAUACCAGGCUGAAGCUCAGAAAGAUCGGGGCGGCGUCCAGCAGCAGCCGUGACAGAUCUUGAGGCACACAUAACAGAGGAAUUCAAAGGGAAGCAUAAGGAUGGCCUCUUGUCAGAGUAUCCCCGCCGACCCGCGUCGUGUAUUACUUCGCGUCUCCGUUACCGACAUUCCUGGUUGUAAGCAAAAGCGCUUUCACACUCUAGGCAAUGAUUUCAGUCUGUAUCAGCUGAAAAGACCCAUUCGAGAUAAACCAAGCUUAUUGGGGUAUGACCACCCUCAUAUCCCUGGCGAAUUCGAUUCUGAGCAGCCCUUGAAGCGGUGGUUCAUCUACGACUUUAACGUAGAAGGGCCAUUGACGGAGGAGCAGACGUUAGCGUUGCCACACGACGUCUAUUUAGCGAGUAGACAAGGCCAAAACUGGGUCUUCGUUCAAAAGAAUGAGUGGGUUGAAAAGGCAAAACGUUCAAGCUCCUCUUAUAUCUGGGGUGGUAGAAAGGAGCAGGAACGGCUUUCUAAGCUGAGAGAAGCCUCGAAUUAGAACUUGUUCCUGCUAUACUGUAGUCGAGCGCGUACGAUUACUUACUAUUGAUUUAAGGGGUCUCAGGGGGGGUUUCUCCUUUGCAAGCGGGACAUUUCUCGUCGUCUUUGUCCUCUUGCCAAUCAUAAGUGUCUUAACGUUGAUCUGGCGGAUAGGUGAUUUGAUUCGCUUGUGCUGUGGCGCAUCGUGCUAUGUACACGACUGCGAGAUGUCCGCAUACUCCAAACUGGCCGCAAACAUUGUCGCACAUAUCGUAAUUUUAAGACACUGUGAAAUGAGAGGGUUUGGCGUUG